CUACGUCCGACAUUUUCAUACCUAUGGUCGCAUAGGCAAUAUCGUCACAGUGUUACGCGUGUGGAUAGUGUAUCCACAAAGCUGCAUGUAAAGCGGUUUGUUUAUAUUGAUAAAACCUAUCGAUACUUGUUGGAGGUGUUAAAGAUAGAAAAAAAUAAUGUCUGCGACAAUUCAGAGUUGCGUCGACAGUUCUGUCGAAGGGGAUGACUACGGAGAUGCCUUUGGUUACGGAAGGAGCAACGCGCAGUCUUAUGGAAACCAAUUACAAAAUAGUCCGACAAUGCGCUACGCGACUCACUACAACAUGAAUCAUUCCAAGCGAGGUAUAGCUCUGAUUUUUAACCACGAAUCCUUCACCAUAAAUCACCUCAAGCCCAGAUCUGGCACUAACGUUGACUGUGAAACGCUAAGGAACUGUCUAGUCAAACUUGGAUUCGAGGUCAAAGAUUUUCAGAAUCUAAUAUUCAAGGAUAUUCAGAAGAAACUAGAAAAAGUUUCAGAAAUGGAUCAUUCAGAUCAUGAUUGUUUAGUUGUGGCUGUACUGUCUCAUGGAGAGCUGGGUAUAUUAUACGCCCAUGACACUCCUUACAAAGCUGACACAAUUUGGUCAUACUUUACCGCAGACAAGUGUCCGACACUCUCUGGUAAACCUAAAAUGUUCUUUAUCCAGGCAUGCCAGGGAGACAAAUUAGAUCCUGGUGUUAGCCUCAGAGAACGCACAGAAACAGACGGACAUGGUUCCCAAAGUUUUCGCAUACCAAGCCAUGCAGAUUUUUUAAUAGCCUACUCGACCAUACCAGGUUUCUAUUCUUGGAGGAACACGACCCGAGGAUCCUGGUUCAUGCAAGCUUUGUGCUUGGAGCUUUGCGAAAAUGGCUCACGAUGGGAUUUGCUAACACUCCUGACUUUUGUUUGUCAGCGCGUUGCAAUUGAUUUUGAAUCUAAUACUCCUGACAAUAUUACUAUGCAUCAGCAGAAACAAAUUCCAUGUAUCACUUCAAUGCUGACACGCCUAGUGAAGUUCACAUUGCCUAAGAACGGAGUUGCUGCUAAUUGAUGCACGAGGUCAAGAUCGUUUUAAUUCAAUUUGCCAUAAUUCUUGACUGAGAACAGUUUUUAUCAGCUAUGAAUAUCCUUCGCUCUAUUCGACGGAAAUUUUUCAUCCCAGGUAAUAAUCUGUAACAUUUUAUUCCAUUAGAUUAGGUUACUUCAGUGACUGCACACAUUGUUUGUCAUGAACUAUCUGCCGUUACUUGCUCACAUAUACAGCAGUUACUUAAAGCAUAUUUUGACGAUGCCAUUUGGCACAACAAAAAAUGCUUAUAAUAGCCACAAAUAACAUGACACAAACGAAACAAUUCAACGGACCAAAAUCGAAUGUUAUUUACUAGAACAACUUGAAUGAAUUUGCAUUGCUGGAAGUAUUUGUGAAGUUGCGAUCAGGACAGAGCAUUGUAACAUUACUUAGAUCUUAUUACUUUGAGGAGACUUAAGCGACAACUGAUGGCUAAAUUGUAAUUAAUACUCGCAAAACUCUUCAAGAUGUAAUCAUUUGAUCUCAAACAGUGUACGUAUUAUAUCAUAUAGCUUGUCCUUUUGUUUUUGGCUGAUGGCCACAACUGGAACAAAGUGCAUUUACUGUUAGGUCAAUUUUAUAUAUAUAUACAAUUUCAAUGUUUCUACUACGUAAGAUAUACUGUACACACACCUAUUAUAUUCUAUAGUUCUAUAGUGUAAACCCGUGGUAUUCUUCAGAUUCAUACCUAGUUGGUAAGCAGUGAUAGGAUGUGAUGUAUGGCCCAAUCCAACGAAAAGUGUAAAUCGUGCACAGAUAAAUUUCCUACUUUUGUAUUUCCUUUUUUUUCGUAUGUAAACUAAUUUUGCUAGAGCUUAAAACAAAACAAACAGCAAAAUACCCCUGUGAUUGAAAUUGUUAUCUUAAUUUUGUGAAUUCAAUAAUUGCUCAAAUUAUUUGAACGUUCUUUUGUAUUUUUACAUUUUAAGUAAAUGUAGUUUUGGAAUAGCACAUUUAUACGCAUUUUUAUACACUUUGUAUGAAUAUUUAUAACAUUAAUAAAGUAUAUUUAACUGUAA